AUGGAGGGAGUUAAGAUUGACGUUGCCCGUGAUUUAAUUGGGCCGGAUAAUAAACAGAUCAGGUUUAGAUUGGACGUCGAAGGUGCCAGAUGGGAAUGCCAGUGUAGGGUCCUUGGCAUUUGGAUCCAUUCUGAUGAACCCUUUUUACGUUUUUUGGAGCAUUCUCUGAAGGCAUUACUUGACUCCCAUAAACGGCAAGACAGAGAUGCCAGCCAUGUGUUUCAGCACAUAAAAGAUGUAAAUUAA